CAGCAGCCGGCGGGGCUCGCGAGCCCAGUGCUAGCCUCUUCGCGCCAUGUGUCACUCUCGCAGCUCGCUCCCGACCGUGACCGGCCUGCGAGCCCCGGCCCCCGUGCCCUCCACCAGCCCGGGAAUCCGGCGGGGCUCCGGCCCGGAGAUCUUCACCUUCGAUCCCCUGCCGGAGCCGGCAGCCUCCCCCGCCGGGCGCCUUAGCGCCUCCCGCGGGCACAGGAAGCGCAGCCGCCGGGUCCUGUACCCGCGAGCGGUCCGGCGCCAGCGGCCCGCCGAGGAGCCCAGCGCGGCAAAGAGGCUGCUGUUCCUCCUGCUCGCCGUCGUCUUCUGCCAGAUCCUGACGGCGGAGGAGGGCACGCCGAUGCCCCCAGCCCCGGAGGACGCGCCCGGCGCCGAGCCCCCCGCGCCGGCCCCCGCGGGCCUCCAGCCCUUCAACCUGACCGCGGAGCCCUCGGACUACGCGCUGGACCUCAGCGCCUUCCUCCAGCAGCAUCCGGCCGCCUUCUGAGCCCGGCGCGGGGAGAACAGACGCCAGGUCGCUGGCGCCCGAGCGUAUCCCACACUGGGACCCGGAUCAGAGCGUUAACUUAUUUCUCAUUGCUCCUAGUUAAUAUUUAUAUGUAUUUAUGUCUCUUCCGCGGACGGAGGGCUGUAUGUAAUAUUUAUUUUAACUUAUGCGCGGGCGCGCGAUGCGCUCCCCACGCUAUUAAGUGUAGAUUUUUUUUUUGUACUGGGGAUCGAACUCGGGACCUUGUGCUUUCAAGGCAGGCAGUGGAACCACUGAGCUAAAUCUCCGGUCCUCCACGCUGACAGAUCUGCGGGUCGCGGGCUCAGGCCGGCGCGCAGCCCACUUCGUAGCCCCGCGGAUCUCCGGGGAGGGGCGGCGGGCGGGCGGCGGGCGGCGGGC